UGAUGACUGGAAAGAGAUACAGAAAGACUUCUUUGCUUUCCGCAGAUAUGGUAACCCCUAGGGGUUGCUAGUGGCACCCGUAGAAAGAGGCAGAGCUGUGGGCCGUUUCCAUGAAGAUUCUGAAACUGUAGCUUCCCGGUCUCUUUUCUAAGAGACAGAUAUUCAUUUUGGGGCAUCAGGAAGAUUCAUCAGUCAUGGCAGGAGCUAAUUUACAACCCCCCACUGAAGGGGUAUGCUUGACAAAAUCUCUUAUUGUCCAGAGGAACAUACCAGUACCAGUGGAGAAAGAGGAUCCAGAGACAAUAUCUGAAGCCUUGACUUCUCUACAGGUCCUACGGCUAGAUAGGGAGAGAAUUAGCUGCAUUGACAACCUGCCAGAAUUAAAACAUGUCCACAGCCUCUAUUUACAACAGAAUCAAAUAAAGAAAAUUGAAAACUUAAACUGCUUUCCAAACUUAAAGUUUCUAUCAUUAUCUGGGAAUUGCAUCAACAAAAUAGAGAACCUCCAACCUCUCCUCAAGUUGAAAUUUCUGGAUCUUUCACAGAAUUGUAUUGAUACUUUAGACAUAGAUGAGUUGCCCCUGAACCUUGCCAUCCUUGACCUGACUGGAAAUAAAUGCAUGACUCGAAAAGGCUACAGAGAGUGUGUGUUAGCAGCUCUGCCUCAUCUGAUAGAACUGGACAACAAAGGCAUCUCAAAGCAGAAAGUCAUACUCCAAAACAAUGAAGAGGAGGAAAAUAGCUCAGAAGAGAGUGAUUAUGAGGACUGUCCAGAGCUCUUUGAGCCACUGAGCACAGAAAAAGACUUCUUUGUUGAUGUCCAUAAUGAAUUCAGUAGCCGCUCAGCCUGGCGGAGAGAGACAGCAAUGAGGGAACACGAAGCCCGUCUAGAAGAGCUGAGACAACGACAGAAUCUGACGCAGCUUGUGUUCAAUACCAGUGAAGGUAGAACUGAACUCCUAAGUUUACCAGAAUCAAGAUCUCCAGUUCUAAACAAUUUACCUCAAACUGAGAACCAUACAGUUUUGAAUCCACCACAAAGAACAGUGAAUCCAGCAGUUGAUGCAGGACUGAAUAUUCCAAAGGAAAAAAAUGAAGGCACAACUCAGCAAAAAAUAUCAAAAGGAAAAAUAUCUAGUGCAGCUAAAACUGCAAACAAGAAUAUAAGAAAAUGAUUUUUGUUGAAACAUUACUUACAUAAUACUUUUAUCAAAAAAAUAUACUUCAUUUGUGAAGCACUGUCCAUUUUUUAAAUAAGCAAGAUAAAUAAAUGCUGGAGGAGGUGGGGGAAAUAUGAUUGCCAGUCAGAAAAGUAGAAAAAUGAGUAGUCUUGUACCAUAACUUGCAAGAAACUACUGAGAAAAAGGGGAGGGGCUUGUUAGAUUUUUCGCCUUAGUCCUAUUCAUUUGCAACAUGAUCCCAUCUGCAGCAUAAGGGCCACAGUGACAUCACAUGCAUCCUGAUGUCAUUAUACACAAGACAUAAAUAAUUCAUUCAAUGUACACAAUUAUGUUGUAUAAUACAUACAAUGUCAUUCCUUGUUUGUCUCCUAAAGUUAAAUGGCCUUAGCCUCCCAAAACUGAUACUGUAAAUGUUGUUUCCAUCCUUGAUAUUUAUGAGUCCCCAGAUGUCACACAGAUUCAUAGGAAUUCAAAAGGCUACUUGAGUGGACAAAUCUCAAGGAAGUCUCACAUAACAAAACAAAAUGUGUCUAUUAGAUUAUCUGCAGAGAUGUUCUAUUUUUAGUUAUCAUAGCUCUUUUAAUUUUUCCUACCUAACCCACUUUCUAAUUAUAACAUCAGCCCAAAGUGAGGAUACAAAAAACGAUCACUACCUUGUAAAAAAUUAAUAAAACAUAGGUUGCAAUAAAGGUAUCCUUACAAUUCCUAAAAAGUUAAAACCCAUCACACUGGACAGAAUCUUGUACUCAUGCCAAUGGCUGUAAUUUCCAGAACUUAGUACAUAAUUAUAAUCUAAGGGCACUACCAUUAUAGUUUUCAUUCCUCCAUCCCCCAGCAACAUAAAGGCAAUAAGUAAGUUUUUCUUUAAAUCAAUUACACGGUCAGAGGACUGAAAGUAAUCAAAUGUGAUACCAAUCUUUAAAAGGAACCCAGGGAUAUCCCAUAAAUUAUAUGUCUGUCACUUAACAUCUGUUUCAGGCAAAUUGGUAGGCAUGUAAUUAAAGAAAAACAAUUAAGCAAUAAAUAAUUUGACACAUAGAAAAAAAUCUUACAGAAGGAAAAUCUGCACAGAUUCCACAGAUAAAACCUCUUUCACAAACCUUCUAGAGUUGACAGUUUCAACAACACUUAUGAAAAGCUGAGUAAAUUUAGCAGACGUGGAGUAAAAUAAUCUGCCCUUUUAUGGACUGCAAACUAAAGGCAGAAAGAAAUGACUAGGAAUAAAUGGGAGGUGAAGUUCUUCAAGGAUCUGUGUUGGGACUUGUUUAUAAAUGAAAUACCUUUGAGUUAGGGGCAAACAUAAACAGUAUGUUUAAAUAAAAGUAAGCUUAUUUGAAAUGCUGAGAACAGGAACAGAAGUUAGCUUACCCUAAAGCUCAAGAGCUGAGAGCCAUCUGAAAACAAAUAUUCCUUUCACAGAGGAAAUAGAAAUUCAUAAAAUAAAGAAACCUUAGCUUUGGCUCCAGCUACAUCUAUACAACAAUGAAGAGAAGAAAUAAAUUCAGCUAUUCACUAUUACUGACAUGACACCCAGAGAACAUGAUA